AUGACCGACACUGCCUCGGGUCCAAGCGACCAGCCGCAAGGGUCCGCCACUGUACCGGCCAGCUCAACGGCGACCUCAAGUGUUCCUGCUCCUGCUGCAACAGAACAAUCGGAUGCAACUGCGUCUGUCACGGCGCAAGCAGUCCCCGCACAGAAAACCCCGUCGGAGCAGCCAAAACCCGCCGACGAUGAUGAAGACUCGGACUUUGACGAAUUGGACGAUGUUCUAGAUGACUUCUCCAAGCCUAAAGCGCCGCCCGCACCGCCCGCCGCGGCGACCCCCGCUCCCACCACAGGUGUCGCCCCGCCCGACUUCGACGAAGAUGCCUUCCUGAAGCAACUGGAGCAAGAUAUGGCCAACAUGAUGGCCAAACCGGGUGCCAGCGGGCCCGCUGACAUGCAGGGCCUGCACGCCACGGUGGACCAGGGCGCGGACGCGUUCGCGAAGCAGCUUGAGGAGAGCGGGAUCCCGCCUGGCGACUUCCUGAAGCAGCUGCUGGCAGACGUGAUGGCGGAAGAAGGUGGCCAGAACGGGCCGGGUUCGGCGAUGGAGGAGACGCCUACGCCCGCACCCGCGCCCGCAGCGGAUGUCGAGCAGCCCGAGUCGUUCAAUGAUGCAAUCCAGCGCACUAUCGAGCGCAUGAAGCAAUCCGGGGACCGGGCGACGGAAGCGGCGAGCACAGACGACGGACUGUCGGAUGAUAUGCUGGCACAGCUACUCAAAGCGGUGGAAGCUGGGGCAGCGGGCGCGGGCGAGGACGGUGACCUGACGAAGAUGUUUAUGGGGAUGAUGGAGCAGCUCUCGAACAAGGAGAUGUUGUACGAGCCGAUGAAGGAGCUGGAUGGGAAGUUUGGCCCAUGGCUGGAGAAGAACCGGGCGAGUGGAGCCGUCGCCGCGGCAGAUAUGGAACGGUAUGAAACCCAGGCGCGAGUGGUGAAGCAGAUUGUGGAGAAGUUUGAGGAGGAGGGGUACUCGGACGAGGAUGCGAAAUGUCGCGAGUAUGUGUGGGAAAGGAUGCAGGAGAUGCAAGCUGCCGGCAGCCCGCCGGAGGAACUUGUAUCAAACCCGUUAAUGGAGGAUCUGGGAGGUGCUGCUGCUGCUGCCGGAGCUGGACCAGGUGGCGUGCCUGAUUGUCCGCAGCAAUGA